AUGCCUCACACGAUCUCUCCCGAUCCCUCUUCGCAAGGGUUAGGCAUCUCCUACUCCACCCUCUCUCCUCCUCCAGCACAACCGCCUGCGCCUCGGUUCACUGGCAUAGUACCUCAGCCAAUGUCGUCCUCACCCUCGAGAUUGCCCCCAGCAAAUCAGAUCUCCUCUUCUGGUCGACCGCAACCACCACCUGUAUGGCAGCCUUCUUUCCAACUUCGGCCUACCCACACCAGAAACGGCAGUAGUAGUAAUGGAUUUACAAGCUUCUCUGCGAUACCGCCAAGCCCAGCUAGACCUAUGGGCCCUAGAGCAGUAGGGAUGUACUCACCGAAAAUAGGACAACCGUCAUCUAGUAGCGAAUCAGAACACAGUCAUAUACCAAGUGUGGAACCUGAUCCAGAGUACGCGGACGAAGAAGAAGCAUAUGAUGAGGAGCAUGCGGACGAGCAUCAAGAAGACGAAGAAACACCCAAACAAUCAUUGCGUCCUCUCCCUUCACCAUCACGUAGUGCUUCAAUCGCUUCUCAUCUCACUACAGCAAGUAAAGCGAGCAAACAUUUGUCCUCUGAUAUGUUGCGGAAGUUCUCGAAAGCAUCAGAAGCCAAUACUUUUGGAGAUGGAUUACCUUUAAUUUCUGGAAGAUAUUUCCCUUUAUCAGGUGAAGAUGAUGAAAUGUCCGGUCAAGAAGGCUAUCUUGGACAUGCAGUAGAACCUUCUUCGACGACUGUAGAGAGUUCACCUGUCGAACCACCGAUAUCGCAUCCCAGAAGACCUUCGACUCGUUUGACAGAUAGCUCUCAAACCGGUUCAGGUUCUAUGCAACCUGCUCCUUCUAAGAUGUCAACUCAAUCGCACGGAACCGGAGUCUCUAAUGAGUCUUAUUCAACAUUCCAUACUAGACAAUUUCCUUUUCCCCCAGGACAUCCUCCUCGUAGCGCAACCACCUACUCCGAUCCUACAACUGCUGGGCCUUCCAAUCAUUCCCAAGACUACAUGGCACAUCAAAUGCUGAGAUCCAAAUCACAGCCUCAAUACUUGUACGGCGUUCCGGAGCUGGAACAUGAAUUUUCUAACACUUCAAGAUCGAUGCCAAACCAUGAUCCAGUCACAAUGGCUAAACGGGCUUCUGAUAUCUCUUCAGGUGUACACUCCAAAAAUGCUGUUUUACUAUCUGCGGAAAAUGGCGGUAUGAUGCUCGCUUUUUCACCUAAUGGCGAUGGAACAUUCAGACCUGGAGAAUUGAUAUGUGGAAGUGGAACAGCUAUUAUCCCUUCUGCGCAAAGUCCACCUGUAACCACAAAAACUGAUUCUCAAGAACAAUUGCGAUCAAGACCUUGGAGUGAUAGUACCAUGUCGCAGCACAUGGGAAAACCGACAAUGCUAGGUCAUCGAGGGAGAAGUCUAUCUGAUGGUGCUCAACUAUUAGCUAGACAAGGGACAUUACUCCAUCCUUCCUCCUCUAAACAGCGUGCUUCAGCUGAGUUAGGCGUUCUACUUGGCGGCCCAAAGUCGAGGAAGCUAUCUCAAAAUCAAUUGCUUCCCCCACCGCCAUCAGAGGAAGACCAAAAUCAAGCUUGGCAAAAGGACAAUAAAGUCCGCUUAGAAGCUAGUAAAAAAGGAAAAGCCAGAGUUGAAGUCGAUGUGGUCUUGGAAAGAGAAUGUGUGGUCGAAGGCGGCGAAGUAAGAGGAAGGAUGGAAGUUAGAAUGACUGGUGGGAAAAGAGGCGAGGGUUUGAGAGUUGGCGGUGGGAAAAUCAGAGUAGUCGGAUUCGAGGAGCUAUCUCCAUCUACUCGACACAUCUUUUACCAUCAACCCCAUCCCUUGCCAGUUUUUGAUCCUUCGAUCCAGCAUAAUCUUUCAUCUUCCUUGUUCGCUUCGGGCCCAGAUUCCGAUGGAUAUCGACUAGCUGCCGAAGGAACCCACAACAUACCAUUCCGAAUGCGUCUACCUCUAGGGGGAGGAGCGAAAGGUACCUACAACUCGCAAAACGGCAAAGGCCCAUGUGUAAGAUAUGUGGUCGUCGGAUCAGUCAAGAUACACAUUCCUUCUACCGGUAAAAGAUCGAUCGCACACUUCUAUCGCUCCUUAGUGGUUUUACCCUAUCUUAACCCUAGCUUGGUUUUAGCACCAAGUCGAGAACCUGUCGAAGGCUACACUGAAAGAGGACUAGGCUGGAGUAUAACUGGUGAGAAAGGUAGAGUGGAAUUAAGGGUUAGUCUGGGAAGGAGGAUAUGGGUUAGUGGUCAAAGAUUGUGGUGUGAAGUAGCCAUAAGGAAUGAUAGUAAUCGAAAGAUUAAGACUCUCAAUUUGGCCCUUUUACAAACAGUUCAGGUAUUCAAUCCUCAGCCAUUACUGGAUACUUCCGACCUUCCCAAGAGGAUGACCCAUAAACGUAAAUCGUUACCGAAUUGUACCGGCACCGAAGCUGUUCCAGGGACACCUGAUCUAGAUGCUUGUCAAACUACUACACAGAGGAAGAAAAUCAGUGAAGAGGUCAUCGAAGCUGAUUUCAUAAGUCAUGGUGGAGGUAGAGUAACUGGAAAAGGAUGGUGGACAGGUGUUGAAUCUGGUGAAAGUGGUCAUUGGGAGCUGAGUUUACAGAUUCCCCCUGGUAUGCUAUCGAUACGUCGUACUAGACUUGUGGAGGUUCAAUAUACAUUGCGUGUGACCGUAAAUGGGAGUAUUUACGUUGAUGUUCCCGUUCAACUCAUCAAUUUCUUAUCCAUCGAUCCUCCUCCUAUGCCUAGGGAUGGACCUAGUCUGCUCAACCCACCUAUAUCGAACAAACAUAAUGUGUCUCUUGGCGGACCUCAGGAACUACAAGUGACAAUCGGAAAUUCCGGAGGGAUUUAUCAACAAUCCGGAAGUGAUCCUUCUUCUCGGCCUGGUGCGGUCCGAAGCAGCUCUGAUUUCAGUGUGGAAAGUGCUGUCGGACCUGCAAGAGCAAGCUCAACAACCUUACAUAUUGAUGCACUUCUGCAAGCUGGGCGAUUGAGAGCAGAAGCUGAAGCUAUGGGACAUAUACUACCACCUUUACAACAACAACAACAACAACAAAGUCAGGAAAGAACACCUAGACCGUUAAGCCUUGGAUCAAGUUAUAGUAUUUCCAAACACGAUUAUAUGACUCAUGGACGAACUAAAUCCAAUCCUGGUUCAAGGCCAAAGGGAGCUAGAGUCAUGUCGUAUACUUCGACUAGGAACGAUUCACAAUCUAUUUUCACGGAAGAGGAAGGUGAAGGAACCGAAGAAGGAAGCAUCAACAGUGAAGAUAAGGCAAUGUUGGCUGCCAGAAGAGCACAAGGUAGACAACGAUCGUUAGCUGCUAUUCAUCGUGAAUUGGAUCGAGAGAAACAAGCAUUGGAUGACGAAGAUUUACUCCUAAGUCCAGGUAGACAACCUGAUACUCCUCUUCAAGGCGAAUUCAGACCUUGUCAUACUCCAAGUGAAGAAAUCUAUGAGAUGGCAGGUGAUACUCCUGAGGAACAGAGUAAAGAAGAAGCAGAAGAUCCUUUACCAAUUGAGAUGGAUUCACCCACGCAAGAAACGAGUCGCAGAGUUCUGAGAGUCGUAAACAUCGAUGAAAGCGUUGAAGACCAGAACGAACAUCAAUUGCAAAGAGAGAAUCGAGCUGCACAUGAGGACGAGUCUGAGUCGGUCGAGCAGGAGCAUGAGAACCAUCAGGAAUCGGAACAUCGAGGUCUAGAACUGGAUGUAGGAAACGAGACUGUCUUGGCAGAUUUGAUACCCGAAGAAAGGGAGGAACUGGAAGAAGUAAUGUCUCAACAAGGUCAUGAUUUGGAGUCAAGCGGGUAUGAUUACGGUCAAGAUGUUGAAGUCGAAUACGAACCUGAAAAUACACGGGAAGGAAUCUCACCCAUUUCACCGAAACAAAUAGUCACUUCCUCUUCUUUGCAAAGGCUUCCAUUCCUCUCUACUCCUUAUGAAAGAGACAGAGAGACUCAAAUAGCCAACACUAGAUCUGCAUAUGGUAGUUUCGCCGCUUCAGCCGUCAGUGGUGUGAGUGAGCAAGAAUCAGAAGUCGGACAAGUAUAUGAAGCUGUCAAGAAAAACGUUUCUGUCAAAGUGCCUUCGAGAUUACUUCCUUUCCCUUCCAAUACCGAUGCGGGCAAAGUCGAUGGUCAUGAAGAGAUGAGGAACUUGAGUGUUCCAAGAUCAGGAAGUGUCAGUCACUCUUUAUUAGCUGGUGCACGAAGGGCUUCACAAACUGUUGAAGGUAGGAGAGGUUCGACAUCGAGUAUCCAAUCAGCCACUGGACCAAGACGAGGGUCUAUCCUUUCUGCCGCCCCAAUGGCGAGGAGAGAAUCAUCGACAAAUGGUACAGUUGGGCAUUCAUCUCCCCUGAGAGCUGAUAAUAAGACUCCUUUGGCACGGUCUGUUCAAAAGAAAACGUCGUUCACAUUGGCUUCUCCAGGAUCCCCAUUAAGAGUGAAGACUACUCUAUCGACUUCAACUUCAAACGAAUUCUUAGGUAAUCGAAACGGAAGUGUGAAUGGAACUGGUUUAUCACCUCGAGUUAGUCCAAAGACGUUAUAUCCUCAGGCCAUGGAUAUGGCCAGAACGAUUUCUGCGAACAGUCAAUUGAAGAAUCAGAUAUUGCCAGAACCGUUCAAUGGUGACGAAUCUAAUUCUCGCUCCAAUUCCCCCGAUUUGAGUGGAGAUGAAGAUAUGCCACCUGGAUUAGCACCUUCUGUAGCAUCAGAUUCAGCUUCUUCUGAAGGUCAUCCAUUGGAAUCACCUACAACCAUGAAUUUACCGCACAUAUCAACCUCGCCUACAAUUCAAAGACGUUCACUACCUUCAGCCCCAAUGAAUGCUUAUCAACCUUUUUCAGCUGAAGAACAUGAUCAAAAGCAAUUGAUGAACAACCAUGAGUGGAGAUCAAGUGAAUUGCUAAGUAGUCAGAUUCAUUACGUUCAAACUCAACAGGAUCCUUCCUUAUCGCCCUUAUCUGGUGCACCACAACACAAGUUUGAGGUUGCUGUAGUACCCGAAAGACAAGGGUCGUUACCUAUUCCAAUCGAAGAUAUCUCGUUGCAUCCUUCACCUGUAUCGUCACCUUCGUCAAUCCACUCAAUCUUACCAUCGGUUAAGAGUAAAAUCGCACAAUUAGAAACUCGUGACGAGGCUUUGAGAAAAUUCAGCGUUUCGGGAAGCGUACCAACUUCGGUUGUACCAAGUAGACAGACUUCUACAGUGGGUCCAAUACCGCAACCAUACAAUCAACCCAAUCCUUAUAUGGAGAGAAAUGCAGCUUUCGCGAUUGAGAAAGCGACAAAGAGAAGAAGUUACACAACUGCUUUAGCCCCUAAACCUGUUAGACAAACAAGUGACGAUUCAUAUUAUUCUGGAAAUCAUUCUGGUUCAGGUUCAAGAACGAUUACUACGAAUGAACAAACACCUUCUGGGUACAGAUAUCAGGUUAUAGCAAGGAAGAUUAAUGACGAUGAUCAUAACAAACAAUUUGGAGUAAUAGAAAGGGAACGGGAACGGGAACGGGAGCGUGAACGUGAAAGAGAACAAAUUGGACAUACUACUUAUGUCAAUAAAAGAUCAUUUGCGCCUCAAUCAGCUUAUUUCGACAGACAAAAUGGUGGUUAUUAUACUUCAGAAAGUGUUAAUUCAAGAAUAUCAACUACCGCUUCUUCGAUAUCAGGAGCAAGAAGUACUGUAUCACCACGUACAGCUUACGUACCUAAACUUGAUCCAUUCGGUCUAGGUUUCGGUACAGGUUCAGUCGGGUUGGAGAGAAAUGAAUCGAUUGAAUCAACUUCUACAACUGCGACUGAGGUGGAAAGAGCUUUGAUAUCAAACAACGAUGACGGCGCCAAUGGAUUGGACUCUGGAACGAGAACGAAUUAUCGUACUGUACCGGUUCGAGAGGCAGGUAGGGAAGCGAAGACUUUGAAACCUAAAGUCUCAGGAUUCUGGGAAGGUGGUGACGGUGUAGGGUCAAGGGCCUUCACUUUUGGUAGAGAUGCUAGAGUUAGUGUGAGUGAAGGUGAAACAAGUGAGAGUGAGGGUUUACUGUAG